AUGGCUCAUGAUAAGGUAGCUUGUUGGCACCUCAUGAUGCCGCUAUUUUACUUUUUGGUCACGGCGAGCCAUUUUUCUGUGACGUCACACGGUGCAUCUGAUGCUGAAAUCCUUGUCAACUUCAAGAACUCCUUGUCAGCAAACUCCUUGCUCUACGAUUGGAAUGUGUCAGGCAUUCCUCCGUGCACCGGUGGCACUGACAAUUGGGUUGGUUUGCGUUGCAACAAUGAUGGCACGAUCGAUAAGUUGUUGCUUGAGAAUAUGGGCUUAAAGGGUACCAUUGACAUAGACAUCUUGAUGCAAUUGCCAACGUUGAGAACGUUAAGCUUCAUGAAUAAUAGCUUUGAGGGUCCAAUGCCUGAAGUGAAAAAACUUAGUUCCUUGAGAAACUUGUAUUUGUCCAACAACAAUUUCUCAGGAAAAAUUGACAAGGAUGCAUUUGACGGAAUGAGUUCGUUGAAGGAAGUUUAUUUGGCACAUAAUGAGUUUACUGGUGAAAUUCCUAGAUCACUUGUUUUGGUGCCGAAGCUAACAAAGUUGAGCCUUGAAGGGAAUCAAUUUGAUGGGAACUUGCCUGAUUUCCCUCAAGAAAACUUGAUUGUGUUUAAUGCUGCAGGUAACAAUUUCAAGGGUCAGAUACCUACCAGCCUUGCUGACUUCAGUCCAAGCUCUUUUGCAGGGAAUCAAGGGUUAUGUGGAAAGCCACUGCCUGCAUGCAAAUCAUCCAGGAAAAAGACCGUCGUAAUUAUUGUGGUCGUUGUUGUAUCUGUGGUUGCGUUAUCUGCUAUUGUUGUCUUUGCCUGCAUACGCAGCCGCCAAAACAAAACACUCAAAUUUAAGGAUACCAAAAAGAAAUUUGGUGAUGAUAAAAAGGAAGUUCAAUCAUCAGAUCAGUUUGGUGAUGGUAAAAUGGGUGAUAGUGGGCAGUUGCAUUUCGUAAGAUAUGAUAGGGAUAGAUUUGAUUUGCAAGACCUCCUUCGGGCCUCUGCUGAGGUCCUGGGCAGUGGUACUUUUGGGUCAUCUUAUAAGGCAGUUCUUUUAGAUGGGCCUGCUAUGGUUGUGAAGAGGUUUAGGCAUAUGAGUAAUGUAGGUAAGGAAGGAUUUCAUGAGCACAUGAGAAAGUUAGGAACAUUGUCUCACCCUAACUUGCUCCCGCUAGUGGCAUACUACUACAGAAAAGAAGAAAAGCUUUUGGUCUCUGACUACGUUGAAAAUGGCAGUUUGGCUUCUCAUCUUCAUGGUAAGCGUUCCCCGGGAAAACCAUGGAUUGACUGGCCAACUCGGCUGAGGAUCGUCAAAGGAGUUGCAAAGGGGUUGGCCUAUCUCUACAAGGAGUUUCCAACACUAGCUUUGCCUCAUGGUCACCUAAAAUCCUCCAACGUUCUUCUAGAUGAUACAUUCCAGCCCCUCUUAACAGAUUAUGCCCUAGUUCCUGUGGUUAAUAAAGACCAUUCUCAACAAGUUAUGGUUGCCUACAAGUCGCCUGAAUGCUCUCAAUCCGACCGUUCGAAUAGGAAGACUGAUGUGUGGAGUCUUGGUAUACUAAUUCUGGAAAUCUUGACAGGCAAGUUCCCUGAAAAUUAUCUAACGCAAGGAAAGGGUGGUGAUGCAGAUUUGGCAACUUGGGUUAACUCAGUUGUUAGAGAAGAGUGGACAGGAGAGGUAUUUGAUAUGGAUAUGAUGAGGACCAAGAAUUGCGAGGGUGAGAUGCUAAAGCUGUUGAAAAUUGGGAUGUGCUGCUGUGAAUGGAAUUUGGAGAGGAGGUGGGAUUUGAAGGUGGCUGUAGCCAAAAUUGAGGAAUUGAAGGAGAGAGACAAUGACAAUGAUGACUUCAGUAAUUCCUAUGCAAGUGAAGGUGAAGUCUAUUCUUCUAGAGCAGUGACUGAUGAUGAUUUCUCCUUCUCGGUCAAUGGUUGAAUUGAAUGAAUAAAGUUAGCUCUCUUGCUGUUAUUUUUCCCAAAGUCUGCAUUGGAACAAGGGUUGGAGGAGCUACAUAAGAUGAAUCGAUAUAGUUUGUUGCAAGUCUCUAUUUACUUUGCCUUGAU